AUGAUAAGUUAUCCUCACCACCUCUGCACUGAUCUUCCACCCGAGUCUAUCCUGGGUAUCCUGCCGCUCACAACUCUCACCUACUUCGCCCUGGUCAUCUCCGACGGCUCCAUGGCCUCGGAGUCCCUUGUUCUCACCACCACCACCACCACCGAAGAGCAACACAAAGACAUCACAGUGGGGACUAUUACAUGCACUGCACCUAUCCCGUUUGGAGGAGAAGAACAAUGGCUUUACCUACCAGCAACCAAGAAAUUCGACCUAUCUCGGGGUUCGCAGCAGAAAAUGGUCUUCGAGUGCGAUGAAGAAGGCCGCAACCACACCGGCUUCAUGAUUGACCCUGGUAACUCGGUCUUGAUUGUGGUCGACAUGCAAAACUACUUUGUCCACCCACUCUAUCGAGAUCACGCCGCAGGGAUUGCCGCUAUUGAACCGACAUUGAAAGUCAUCGAGAGAUGCCGCAAGGAAGGAAUUCAGAUCGCCUGGCUCAACUGGGGAAUCACUGACCACGACUUGAAGAAGAUGGCGCCUGCUAUUCAGCGAGGCUUCAGUAAGAGUCUGGGAUGGCAUGUCGGGCUCGGCGCCCAGCUACCCGAUAACCAGGGAAGGUGCUUGUUCAAGCGGACUUGGAACGCCGAACUCUACGACCCUUUCAAAGCAGUCGCUCAGCCUGGCGAUUUAUAUUUCGACAAGACGCGAAUGAGUGGACUCUGGUCCGAGAAGGAGCCUCUUCACGAGUACCUCCGUGCUUCUGGAAAGCAAACCCUACUUUUCGCUGGCGUCAACACCGACCAAUGCGUGUUUGGUACCGUGUCUGAUGCCUACUCCUACGGAUGGGACUGUGUCCUGAUCAGCGACUGCACAGGCACAAUGACAGGCCGAGGAGCUCAGGAACUCGCUGAGUACCAGAUUUCGCAAAAUAUGGGCUUUGUCACCACCAGCAGCGCUUUCUACAAACAGUUCGCCGACACGAUGUUUUCUCAGCUUUCGAUAGGCUUGACCUGCCUGCUGCAGCUAUGUGGAACAACUGCGCUACCAACCGAGCAAAAGCCCUUACUACUCAAUGGCCCCAAGAACGUUCAGGCUGUUCGGACUAAACUUCAACAUGCAGAGAUAAUUCCUACAGUCAUUGACGAUUUCCUACCUAGCCUCACACUCUCCGUCCUAUGGUCGGAUGCCAAGGCUAAACUCGGCAACACCAUUGACCCAGAAGAUCUUCAAGAACAACCCAGCAUCGUCCUCCACGAUGACACAAGCCCGGACGGGAUACACAGUACCUCCGACAUGAGCUAUGUCGUCACACUUACAGACCCCGACGCCCCAUCUCGUGACAAUCCAAAAUGGAGCGAGAUGUGCCACUGGAUUGCUUCCAACGUCACCACUGCGCAGAACACGUUCUCUAUCCUACCUUUGCCAGAGUUUGGUCUCACUGAACAAACUGAGUCGACUGAUGGCGGCCCAGAGGACGUGAUGGAGUACAAACCUCCAGGCCCACCACCAAAGACGGGCAAGCAUCGCUACGUGUUCCUAGUCUUUGCGCCAAAGAAUGGAACAACAGAUUCGCUGCAUCUGAGUAAGCCGGAGGAUCGUCAACACUGGGGUACUGGAAAAAAGGGUGGUGGCGUGCGAGACUGGGCUGAGCACAAUGGUUUGGUGCCUGUCGCUGCGAACUUCAUCUACUCGCAGAAUGAUAAGCAGUAG